AUGAGUCAAGAAAGAGUACAGCUUCGGUUAAGGAAGGAACUUAGCGUACCUGUUGCGGUCGCUGAAAACCAAUCCCUAGCACAAUUGUCUUAUGAGGAGGAAAGCCAGGCCUCUUUGAUGGAUAUUUCUAUGGAGCAACAGCAGUUGAGAUUACAUUCCAAUUUUGAUAACUCAAAGUUUUUCACAGAGAACAGCAGAUACGUUGUCAAGACUAUACAGUCAGAUUACAAUAGCGAGUUUAGUGAGGACGAUAAACUAAAUGGCUACAUCGAUAUGCUGAUUGGGUAUGGGCUUAUCAAUGACCGCAAAAAAAUUUACAUCUGGAACAUUCACUCUACUCAAAAGGACACACCUUAUAUAACUGUGCCAUUCCGUUCCGGUGAUAACGAUGAAAGGGCGAGUGUACCCAGGUGCAUACUAACUUGCCCGGCAACGAUGGACGAAUCUCCAUUAGCGCUCAAUCCCAAUGAUCAGGAUGAAACAGGUGGACUUAUCAUCAUCAAAGGCAACAAAGCGACCUAUUAUGAAGAUAUCAAUUCUAUAAAUAACUUGAGCUUUAAGUUGUCUGAAAAAUUUUCUCAUGAGUUAGAACUGCAUAUUAAUUCUGCAGAGGGUGAGGAGUGUGACUUAAUCUUGAACUGUGAACCUGCUGGUAUAGUCCUCACUACAAAUAUGGGCAGAAUUUUCUUUAUAACCAUCAGGAAUUCCAUGGGGAAGCCUCAAUUGAAAUUAGGCAAGCAAUUAAAUAAACCUUUCAAGUUAGGUAUCUUGUCCAAAAUAUUCAGUACAAAGAGUUUAGUUGUCUCAUUACGUAAUGGUCCGAUUCUAGGUAAGGGAACAAGGUUAGUAUAUAUUACUACCAAUAGUGGGAAUUUCCAAAUUUGGCAACUAUCCGCCACCAAUGCUCACCCAACGAAAUUGAUCGAUGUUAGUAUUUUCGGGGCAAUUUCGGAGUCCCUGCAGGACUUGUAUCCAUUUGCUCACGGUACAUUAAGGAUCUGGGACUCCCAUCCAUUACAAGAUGAGAAUGCACACCUCUUCUUAUCAUCUAUUUACGACGGUUCCAACAAUGAAGCAUACUAUAUUCUUUCUACGAUCAUCUUUGAUUCUUCUUCAAACAGUUUUACCAUAUUUUCUACUUACAGGCUGAACACGUUUAUGGAUCCGAUGAAUGACACAAAAUUUAAACCCAAAAUAUUUAUUCCUCAGAUGGAAAAUGCCAAUGACACCAGUGAAGUUACAUCCAUUUUGGUAAUGUUCCCCAAUGCCGUGGUCAUUACCCAGGUCAACUCUAAAUUGGAUUCUAGUUAUUCAUUAAGAAGAAAGUGGGAAGAUAUUGUUAGUCUUAGAAGCGACAUCGAAAUUAUUGGUUCUGGGUAUGACUCAAAAUCCUUAUAUGUCUUAACCAAACAAAUGGGUGUGCUACAGAUCAUUGUGAAGGAAAAUGAAGAGAAAAAUACAAAACCAGAAGUUGGAUUUGUAAAGUCUCAUGUUGACCAAGCUGUUUAUUUCUCCAAGAUAAAUUCGAAUCCAAUAGAUUUUAAUCUACCUCCAGAAAUAUCUCUAGAUCAAGAAUCAAUAGAGAAUGAUUUAAGGCUGACGAGCGAGGAAAUUUUUCAUUCCAAUGGAAAAUACAUACCACCUAUGUUGAAUACUUUGGAACAGCAUCUUUCCGUUCGUAGAGAAUUUUUUCAAAAUUUCUUGAAUUUUGUCACCAAGAACUUCAACUAUAGGAUAUCACCCGAACUUAAAUCGAAUUUGAUAGAAAAGUUCGAGAUUUUGAAUUGCUGUAUCAAAUUCAACUGCAUCGUAAGGCAAUCCAAUGAAUUGAACAAGAUAUGGGAAAAAAUUCUAUCAAACUAUAACCUGACUCACAGUGAACAUUUAACAACUGAGAUAAUUGUAAUCAAUCGCCCCGAUAUAUUCCCUGUGAUUUUGAGGCUCUUUUUGAAUCAUGUUGUAUUUGUUUUGUUCCCAUCACAAAAUCAAAACUAUAAAUCAAAUGUCACUAAUUUAAUUAAUUCAUGCUUUUAUGAUGGUGUUCUCGAAGAAGGUGAAAAAGCUCUCAGAUAUGAGCUUCUAGAAUUAGAUCCAACAGAGGUUGAUAUAUCAAAACUACCGUGGUUCAUAAACUUCGAUUAUUUAAACUGUAUCAACCAAUGCUUUUUUGAUUUUACGUUUGCAUGUGAGGAAGAAGGGAACUUGGCUUCUCAUAGUGAAAGUCUGUUAAAGAUUGUUAAAAUUUUAUACUAUUAUUUCAACCAAUUCAAAAUAUGGAUCAACACGCAACCAACUGAAGCCGUGAAUGCGAAUGAAAACUUCUCAAGCAUCAAAAGUCUUUACGAGGAUAACCAUUUGGACUGGAACCGCGUCCUUUGUAAGGCAAAUCUAGAAGAACAGUCCAUUCAGAUAACAGAAUUUUACAAAGAUUUACCUGGAUUGGUGCAAACGUUACAAACUUUAAAUCAAGAUGCGCCAGUAACCAUGUCACUAUAUGAAACUUUUUUUAAUGAGUUUCCUGAAGAGUUUAGUUUUACAUUAUUUGAAUACCUGAUCAAGCACAAAAAAUUGGACGACCUGAUGUUUAGGUUUCUACAACAACACGAUGAUUUAGUAAAGUUUUUCCAUCAAUCCGGUUCAAAGUAUGGUCAUGUGGCAUGGAUUCAACAGGUUUUGGAUGGAUCGUAUGCAGAUGCCGUAAACACUUUGAAAAACGUCACUGUCGAUGACUCCCAAAAGGGAGCAAGUUUGAGUGAAUGUGAGUUACAUUUAAAUGUUGCAAAAUUAAGCUCGCUACUUGUCGAGGAAAGUGAUAUGGACAUUGAUAGUUUGAGAAAGAUUCAGUAUAAUUUAGAUUCAAUCGAUGCUGAAAAAAUUCUCUCAAGCAAGUUGAAGAAGGGUGAAGUUCAGAUCUGUAAACGCUUCAAGAGCGGCGUGAUCAAUGAGAUUUCUAAUACAUUAAUGGAAAAACUCAAAUCAAUGAGAGUGGUCAGUCUAUCGGAACUUGUUGAACUACAUUCAAUACUCGACGAUGAAGAGGGUUUAUUUGUGCCGUUGAGAUUACUUUCUGUUGAUGGAGACUUAUUAAAUUAUGAAAUCAGAAAGUUUUUGAAUGCCUUAGUAUGGAGAAGAAUUGUCCUGCUGGAUAAUAGUAGAGACGAGAACAAAUUGCUUCAGAAUAUAAUCACGCGUGUGUUUGAUGAAGAGCUGUUCAAAAGCAAUGAUUUCCCCCUGCCUAGUAUGGAUCUUCUAUGUGACAAAUCGAUAGUGACCCCAGAAUAUAUAAGAGAAACAUACGGUAAAUUCUCCGUUGAUCUAGGCUCUGUACGGGAAGAGAUAUAUGAAGAAAUAUCUCAAUUGGAAAUGUUGAAUUCGGAUAACUCACUUGAGAUAAAGUUACAUUCAACCAUUGGCUCCGUAGCAAAGGAGAAAAACUACAUAAUCAAUUACGAAACCAAUACCGUGGAAUACUAA